GUGGGGGGCUCGUCGGAGGAGACGGCGGGAGGAGGAGGAGGAGGAGGAGGAGACGAAGGCCGGGCGGGCCCGAGGGCCGCGCACGCAGCAGCAGCCGCCGGGAUGUUGCAGAAUGUGAAUCCCCAGAGCAAGAUUUUGGGCGAGGGCAAUGCCGGCCUCAUGGCUUUGGCCACGGACUCCACGCCGGGCAAACGCAUCCGCAAACCCUCGCUGCUCUACGAGGGCUUCGAGAGCCCCACCAUGGCGGCGGUGCCGUCGCUGGCGGCGCCGCAGGUCAAUCCUCCUCCUCCGGAGGUGUCCAACCCCAAGAAGCCGGGCCGCGUCACCAACCAGCUGCAGUACCUGCACAAGGUGGUGAUGAAAGCCCUCUGGAAGCACCAGUUCGCCUGGCCCUUCCGCCAGCCCGUGGACGCCGUUAAGCUCGGCUUACCGGAUUACCACAAGAUCAUCAAGCAGCCGAUGGACAUGGGCACCAUCAAGCGGCGCCUGGAGAACAAUUACUACUGGGGCGCCGCCGAGUGCAUGCAGGACUUCAACACCAUGUUCACCAACUGCUACAUCUACAACAAGCCCACGGACGACAUCGUGCUGAUGGCGCAGACGCUGGAGAAGCUCUUCCUGCAGAAGGUGGCGCAGAUGCCGCCCGACGAGCAGGAGCUGCUGCUGCCCCUGGCCAAGAACAGCCACAAGAAGGGCGCCGCCAGGGCCGCAGCUCUCCUGGCGGGCCUGAGCGGCGCGGCCCAGCAGGUCCCGGCCGUCUCGUCGCUCUCCCAAGGCUCGUCCGCCUUCGGCGCCGAGAUCCCGACCACCAUCGUCAACAUCCCGCACGCCUCGGUGAUCGCGGCGCCGAUCCUGAAACCCCUGCAGCACCCCGGCAACCCCAACCACCCCGGCAACCCCGGCAACCCCGGCGGCCACCCCGGCAACCCCGGCGGCAACCCCGGCGUGCUGGCGGCUCCCGCGCCCACCCAGCCCGUGGCCAAGAAAAAGGGCGUCAAGCGGAAAGCCGACACCACCACCCCCACCACCACGGCCAUCAUCGCCACCAGCGGCGGCGAGUCCUCCCCUUCCGCCGCCGAGAACCCCAAAGCCGCCAAGAUCCCGGCGCGGCGCGAGAGCGGCCGGCCCAUCAAACCGCCCCGCAAGGACCUCCCCGACUCCCAGCAGCACCAAACGUCCAAGAAAGGGAAGCUCUCCGAGCAGCUCAAGUACUGCAACGGCAUCCUGAAGGAGCUGCUCUCCAAGAAGCACGCCGCCUACGCCUGGCCCUUCUACAAGCCCGUCGACGCCUCGGCGCUCGGCCUCCACGACUACCACGAGAUCAUCAAGCACCCCAUGGAUCUCAGCACCAUCAAGCGGAAGAUGGAGAACCGGGAAUACCGCGACGCGCAGGAGUUCGCCGCCGACGUGCGGUUGAUGUUCUCCAACUGCUACAAGUACAACCCGCCCGACCACGACGUGGUGGCCAUGGCCAGGAAGCUGCAGGUGCGAGCCCGGCGUUCCCGAAAAAAAAAACCGGGAAUUCUCGCUGGGAAAUCCGGGAAUUGUCACUCGGAAUUUUGGGAUUUUUGA